AUGAGUUCUCCUUAUCCAUUUAUAUCCUGGGGCAUGGACGUUAUUGGACCAAUUGAGCCUGCUGCCUCCAAUUGUCUUAGGUUCAUUUUGGUAGCCAUUGACUACUUCACAAAUUGGGUCAAAGUUGCAUUCUAUAAAGCUCUAACAAUGAAACUUGUAGCCAAUUUUGUUCGCAACAAUUUGAUAUGUCAUUUUGGAGUUCCUAAGUCUAUCAUCACAGACAAUGUUGUAAAUCUGAACAGUCACUUGAUGAAACAGAUAUGUGAACAAUUCAAAAUUACCUAUUGUAAUUCAACUGCGUAUCAUCCCCAGAUGAAUGGAUUUGUGGUAGAUGCUAAUAAGAACAUCAAGACGAUAUUGAGAAAGAUGAUUAAAAACUACAAAUGUUGGCAUGAAUAUUUUCCUUAUGCUUUACUAGGUUAUCGCACCACAAUUCGAACCUCAACUGGACCAACUCAGUAUCUAUUAGUAUACGAAACAGAAGCAGUGAUACCAGUUGAAGUUCAGAUACCAUCUUUAAGGAUUAUUCAGGAAGCUGGACCGAACGAUGCAGAAUGGGUUGGUAAUCGAUAUGAGCAGUUAACAUUAAUUGAUAAGAAAAGAAUGAUUUGUCAUGGCCAAUUGUACCAACAGAGAAUGAGUCGUGCUUUCAUAAAGAAAGUAAGAAUUCGAAUAUUUGAGGUAGGCCAAUUGGUGUUAAAGUGCAUUUUCCCUCAUCAAGAGGAAUAUAAAGGAAAAUUAUCACCUAACUGGCAAGGACUGUAUGUUGUCCACAAAGUAUUGUCAAGAGUAGCUUUGGUUCUUGAAAAGAUGGAUGGUCGGACGCCACAACAGUUUGGUCAUAUUUCCAGUAAGAUUUCCAUUUCCCUUCGUUAUGGAAACUGA